AAACGCGGCGAAGCUUCUGAGAAAUCAUUCCACUGGUCAAUUGAGCAAAUGGCCGUUCUGCAUCCAGCAGAUAUUGAUGAGACGGAGCCGAUGUGCAUUUCUCCGGAUCCCGUCGUUGAGCAGCAAAUUCAUAGUGCGAUCGACAGGUUUUGGUCAUCGCAGAAAUAUAUCAUGCCUUCGCCACAGGUGAUUCAUUUCAUUGAAAAGCUGCAUAUGAAGUUAGAUUAUAAGGAAAUGAGCAGGCGAGAAUGUAAUUACGAUGGUUUCAUUAGCGAAAGCAGUCGAAAUCACGGAGAAUGUUUGCAGUAUCAGCCGUCUCCACUGGUAUGCCCGACCCGAGCAAGAUGUUGCGGUACUGAGAAAUCCAAGCAUUCCGUUGAAGUGCAGACAAUGUUUACGUUCCCUCCGAACCUCGAUUUGGUUGGACUUUUAGGUUUGAUAUUCUUUUGA